AUGGAGGAUCUCUUCAGAACAACUACGCAAGAGUUAGGGCCCACCUAUGGCGAGAACCCACAGAACGCAGAAAGCAUGGAGGAAACGCCCACGACGGGUACGAUGACAACCACGAUAACCGUCACAGACGUUAGCUAUUAUACCACGGAGACCCUCGCGACGACGACCGAGGACCUUGACAUGAUCGAGACCCUUACGGGGUUCGUACCUACAGCGCCCUCACUAUCACCGGUGCCUUCCGAAAUAACUACUAUCGCAGUCGUCUCGCCGAGCCCUAUCAGCACAAGCGCGAGUAGUGGGAGUGAGAGCGAAUGGGGUGGAGGAGGUGGAAGAGACAGCAGCGGAUUAUCGACAGGAGCUAUAGCUGGGGUCGGGAUUGGGGUUGGGCUUGGUGUUGUUUUUCUCGCUGUUGGGGUUAUACUUGUUUUCCGACGGCGGCGGCGGAAGGAAGAGGAUGGGGAACCACCGAUGCCCGAGUUGGGAGGGGAGGGCCCACCUGUUGAGAUGGGGGGGGGGGGCGGAAAGGCGUGUGCUUGA